AUGCAACCAUCAUCAACAUCGAAGUUCCCCUAUCGGCCACAGGACAAUCACGCCGCCGACGACCACAGCGAUCCCGCUUCUCCCACUAAAGAGUGUGGCAAACGUCCUACCGACAUGUGGUGGUUCGACAUGCCGAAGAAGAAAGACGAGAACGUUGUCGGCAUUGCGGAGACGGGGUCGCACAAAAUGCUUGCCUACGUCCUCCCGGCCGUCAUACACGACAGCCGGCACCCGCCCCGGCAGCGGCAUGAAGGACCCAUCGCCGUCCUUCUGGCCCCGACGCGCGAGGUGGCCAAGCAAAUUCACAGCAUGGCCUACGAGCUCGGCAAGCAUGCCGCGGAGCGCAUUGUGUGCGCAGCGAACGGCGAGCGGAAGAAAAGCAAGUACGCCGAGCUCCAGGGGGGCUGCCAUAUCUUCGUGGCCACACCUCGAUGCCUCAUCGAGUUCCUCGAGGAAGGCCAGGUAAACCUCCACCGGUGCACGUACCUUGUGUUCGAUGAAGUGGACCGCAUGCUGUCUAUGGGCUACCAGCGCCAUGUUCUCAAGAUCGUGGAGCUUUGCCGACCGGACCGCCAAACGUUAAUGUGGGCCACAUCCUAG